AUGGAGCAACAAGAAGAGGUCGGGCUAGCACUGGGCCUCUCCCUCGGCUCCGGCCACCAGAAGCAGCUCAAGGAAAAGCCAUCACCUCCGUCGCAUCCACGUGCGCUGUUGGAGCCGACUCUGUCGCUCAGCAGCCUCCCGGCCAAAGAUGGCCUGACGACCACACCGAUGAGGAGGAUUGCUGCCGUGAAGAGGGAGCUGCAGAUGGAGGAGGACGACGAGGCCACCGACAGGGCGCUUAUUUACUCAGUUGCGUCAUCGGCGGUGGUCACUGCCGACGACGACGAAGGGUGCAACAGCCGGAAGAAGCUGAGGCUGUCCAAGGAGCAGUCGGUGCUGCUGGAGGACCACUUCAAGGAGCAUAGCACCCUCAACCCUAAGCAAAAGGCUGCUUUGGCCAGGCAACUGAACCUGAGGCCAAGGCAAGUGGAGGUGUGGUUCCAAAACAGAAGAGCCAGAACAAAGUUGAAGCAGACAGAAGUGGACUGUGAGCUUCUCAAGCGCUGCUGCGAGACGUUAACAGAGGAGAACCGCCGCCUCCACCGCGAGCUCCAGCAGCUCCGCGCCCUCAGCCACCCCCACCCGGCUGCCUUUUUCAUGCCCGCCGCCGCUGCGCUCUCCAUCUGUCCCUCCUGCGAGCGCCUCACCACCGGAGUGUCUGCCGCCACCGCCGCCACCACCACCGGUGCAGAUGGGCCUAAGGCGGGUGGCCCUGGCCGAGCACCGCACUUGUUCAGCCCUUUCACCAAAUCUGCUGCCUGCUGA